AGCAUUUCCUUCCCCGGCGAUUUCUUGUCCAUUUUGGUAGCCCUAGCCGCGGCACUUGCCUGCGUCCUCUCGAUUUUCCUAAUUUUCCGGAAAUCGAAAUUGCGAGCGGGACCUUUUGAGAUGGCGAAGCUGAUCCCCCGGUGCGAAAACGGCGGCGGCGAGAAGUUGGCGGCGCGUGUGGAGAAGCUGACGGGGGCUUCGAUGAUGGAGCAGCUGGUGCCGGAGAUAACUAUGCAUGCCCUGAGUUAUUUGGAUUACCCGAGCCUGUGCCGUCUCUCCAUGACCAACUCGCUUAUGAGAAAAGUUGCAAAUGAUGACAAUGCUUGGAAGGCCCUGUAUCGUAAGGAUUUCUCCUUGGAGCAAGAUAGCUUAGUGCCACCUGAUGGAUGGAAAGCUUAUUAUGCAGCUACAAGAGCCAUUGUCAAUAUUAACGACGAGUUUUUCAGGAUUUGGAGAGAAAGAUCCCUCCCAGCUAUGGCCCAGCUUUGGCUCAACUCAAAUUACGUCAAGUGCUUUCAUGCAAAUCGCGAGUCGUUUAGCGGCUAUAAUGCAGUGAUGACUAGCUGGCAAAUGACCUUCAGGAGGGAGAACGUGGCCCGUUAUCAGGAAAUACAAGAAGUGAGGGCCCGAAUCGUUUCUGGUAUGGCUUGGGUCACCAUGAAAGCUUAUGUGGAAAUGAACCGCAGCCCAGAUAGCGUGACAAAUAUUUACGAGCUUCACGAAGGCCGGUGGUACAUUGUGCACCAUCAUAUUUCACCAAUUAUGGUCGUGGGAUUAUACGGGCCCUAACCUUCUGCAGUUGGAUGAAAGACACAUGACAUUGAUUUCUUCUAUCUUAGUGAUGAAAUUUGGAUAGCAGUAUAGUUUUUUUUCGGCUUAGACCUUCUGCAGUUGGAUGAAAGACACAUGACAUUGAUUUCUUCUAUCUUAGUGAUGAAAUUUGGAUAGCAGUAUAGUUUUUUUUCGGCUUAGUUAGAAGUGACUCUUAAGAAAUUANACAUUCUCUUGUCUCAGAACAUCUGGUAUAGGUUAUGUCU